GAAUGCCUAAUAUGCAGAUACAUGACAUUAUAAAAAAAGAAGAAGCAAUUAGAAAAUCUUUACAAAAAUUUGUAUAUUUUGUAAACAAUAAUUUGAAUUUAAAAGGAUAAGCUAAUUUCUACCAAUGAAUUCCAUGGAUCAAGCCAAGCAAUUUGCGGUAAAUUGGAGCAACCAUAUGAACCACAUAAAACAGGCUUUCGUCAAUUUACUAAAUAAUAGCGACUAUACAGAUGUUACUUUGUAUGUUGAGGGUAAAAAAAUUGGAGCACAUAAAAUGUUACUUUCAGCAUGUAGUAAUUAUUUUAAUAAUCUUUUCCAUGAUUUUCCGCAAGAGCAUCCGAUUGUUGUAUUGAAGGGCGUUAGAUGCUGCGUUUUAAGAGACAUUCUUAAAUUUAUCUACAGUGGAGAAGUUAGUGUCGAUAGUAAACACUUUGAUAAUUUUUUACAAACUGCCGAAUUUCUACAAAUAAGUGGAUUAACAGGUACUAAAAAUGAGCCUAAUGAAUGUGUGACAGAAUUAAGUAAUGGUCCUUCCCCAACUGGACAAACUGGGCGACUUAAACCCAGGAAAAGAAAAAGUUGUCCUGAUAUCAAGGAAGAGAAGAAUGAUAGUGACCAAGAUGAAGAUUUUGACCCAAAAGUAUUGAGUACAAUUUUCGCAAAUGAUAUCUGUGACAUUCAAAUGGGGUCAGAUUUUGAACAAGACUUAACGGAUUAUGACACACAUGAAGUUAUAGUUAAAAAAGAAGAAACAUCAGAAGAAGACCCAAUAGAUAACGUUCAAGGUAUUCUUUCUAACAAUCACACUAUUGAUAAUUUGACUUGCCCAAUAUGCUUUAAAGUUUUUACUCAUCCAUAUAGUCUGCAUCAUCACAAACCGGUCCAUUUAGGUAGGACAAAGUGUCCUAUUUGUAGUGCAGUACUUUCCAGAAAAUACAAUUUAAAAAUGCAUAUGAAGUCUAAGCACAACAUUGUCUAAUUUUUAGAUUAAAAUAAUUAGUAUUAUUUUUAUAUUUACUAUAAUUUGUUUUCCAUUGUGAUAUUUUUGUCUAGUCAAAGUUUUUUAAAAGAAUAAUAAUUAGUAUUAAUUUUCUAUCACAUUAAAUUUAUAUU